AUGCGUGCGUACUACAGGGCAACAGGAGGGGAAACCGGACGGACUGGCUACCGAGCGGCAAUGUACCGCGAGUUCCUGCUGCUCGAGCCGAACCUAACUGUCACGGAACAAAACCUGGCAGACCGGGCUCGGUAUAUUCAGCGUUCUAACAUCUUCAACGCUACCGAGCUCGAACGAUUACGACGUGAGGCUGUUCCAGAAGUAUCAGCACCUACCACAGAGCAAAUCGUCUCCCAGGCGGCGCCUGCCCGCGACGAGACAAUUACCAUCUCACAAGAUUUGCCUGUGGAGGAAGACACUGAGGGAACAGUCUCCCUUGAUAUAGAGCGGAUGAGAGGGAUUUUAGAAGAGGCGAUUUCUGAAAUUCGGAGCGCUCCUCUAGAGAAUCGUCCGCGGCUUUCCCGACUUACACUAAAUGUAGCGACGCGGGAUGUCAUUGAGGCCAUAAACAAAAUGCUGCCACAACAUCUGGAAAGCAGCACUGGCCUGGGUGAUACGGCUUCUAUUAUCUUCGGUGCGGCGCUAGCCGUGCACCGAUUCAUCGGUGCCAAGACUCCGGGACCGGGGCGUGCUGCUGCCACAAGGUUGGACCAGCCUGACAUUACGCAAAAGCUAACAGAGCGCAUCGACGACCUGAAGCAGAAAAUCGCUGCAUGGGGGAACCGCAUCCGACGAUACUCGGCAAGAGUCGAGCGAUUUCAGCAAAAUCGUCUCUUCUCGAGUGAUCAGAAAAGGUUCUACAAAAGACUGGAGUGCCCAGCAGUCUGCUCUACCUCUCAACGACCGGACCCGGCCGACCUAGUCGCUUUCUGGCGGGGGGUGUGGUCGAGAGAGGUGGAGCAUGAGGAGGGGCCUUGGAUUGCGGCGGUAGAGGAAGCAUGUGCCAGAAUAGAACCGAUGAACCCGGUCGCCAUCUCUGCGGAGGAUGUAGCUGGUGCAAAAUAA